AGUACAUGCAUCUGGACUGGCUUCAUCUUUUCCAAAGUAUCCUUAGCGAGUGUUUUACAAGUGAAUUUACCGAGCAGCUGACAGCUCUUUGCGACGAUGCGUCGCAGCAAUACGACGCCCGCGAGUCCGGCAGGAACCGCAGCCCGACCUCGGCAGAUGACAAAAGCGGAGAGCAAGGCCAUGCGGUUACAUGAUUCUCAGUACCAACAUCUUCCCGGAGCAAUAUUAACGAAUGAACGCAACUACAAGCCGCCAAAAGACCCCCUCUGCAUGGGUACUUCGAGCGGAAAGGCGAAAACUCUCAGCACAAUCAGCAUGGAAAAGGAGCCCUCUUGGUUUUCGGAACGUGAGGCGUGUUCUCGGACGAGCAGUUGGUAUCGAGCCAAUCCGGUGAAUAUCGAUGACCGGGUGGGCGGAAGAGGGCAGAAACUAUGUGGCGCAUCAUCAUCCGCAUCUUCUACUUCAAGGGCGUGUUUUCGUGCUGCUCCGCAAACGCAUCUGUCACAGCUUCCUCAACAUGGAGAUAAUAGUUCCUGUACGACGCCUGCAAUUAUGAAUCUUCAGCUGAACUACAAAGGGACGUCGUCGUCGAGAAAGAAUACAUCGUAUGUGGGAGGUCCUCAUCAGAACGAGUUGCAACAUCCGUAUCUGCAAGCGAACGGUCAGGGGAUCAUCUUGGGUCGUAGGUCCACUACAACCGGGGCACACAGCAACUCGCGUUUUGAAGAGCAGCCCUCAACGUACAAGUACAAUCAAGAACAACUUCUUCUACCUGGGUCUACUACAACUUCUCAUAGGCUCCAAAACCUAUCACCGCAAAGGAGUCUGACAGGG